AUGGGCGGAUUUAAUAGUGAAAAUAGAAAUAGAAUGGAUGCAAAAUUUAUUUGUCAAAUUUGCAGCUUAAUACUACGAGAUCCCGUUCAACUUUAUUGCGGUCAUCGCUUUUGUGAAUCAUGUAUAGAUAUUAAAGAAAGAAUAUUUAUCAAAUGUCGCCAAUGUGAACUAGUAACAUCGACCAGUAAGACAUUUUCUGAUCGAGGUAUGAAAAAUGACAUGAAAACAUUAGUUAUACGUUGUUUUCUUUGUCAUUGGUGUGGCUUAUUUAAAAAUUAUCAAAAUCAUUUGACUAAAAAUCAUUCAAAUCCAUUUACUAAUCAAAGUAAUAACAGCAAUGUAGCCUUUCAACUACGGUCAUCAAUUGGAAAAUUCUAUGAAAAUUCAAAGAACGUAAAAAUUUUAACAACUAAUAUAGAGCAAAUUCUAUCUCAAACAUCAAGAGAUCAACUAAGUAUUGAAGAAAAAAGUCCUCCAGGAAAACUUUUUCAACAAAAACAGGAUUUUAUCGUCCCAUGUAAUGGUAUACUAUUAUGGAAAAUUGAUAAUAUAAAAAACCAAUUAAAUGAUAUGAGAUCUAUGAUAACAUCACCCUCAUUUUAUACAUCACCAGAUGGUUACAAAAUGUGUGUUCGACUUUACGUAAAUGGUAAUGGUAUUGGUCAAUCAACUCAUGUAUCAAUUUUUAUUGUUCUUAUGCGUGGUAAUUAUGAUGCUAUACUUGAUUGGCCAUUUGAUUUUCAAGUGAUAUUUUGUCUUUAUGAUUUAACUAAUCAAAAUAAUCAUAUUAUCGAAUCAUUUCAAUCUGAUACGAAAUCAAUAUCUUUUCAAAAACCUCAAACUGAAAUGAAUAAUGGAUGUGGAAUUUCUAAAUUUAUUCCAAUAUCAGUCAUUCAACAAGAUAAUAAUUCUUAUAUUUGUGAUAAUUUCACUUAUAUUAAAGUGAUAAUUAGAAAAAAUCCGAUACCGACAUGUAUUUUACCUUAUGUUAUGAAUAUUGAUCCUGCAUUACCAAUGCAUAUACAAGAAGAAAUGAUUGAAACAGCGAUUCAAAAACAUAAACUACGACCAUUGAAACUUACCUUAACAUUAAAAUCAUCAUCAAUAUGA